AUGUUGAACGUUACAUUUCUAAUUCGUGUAAUAAAAAUACACUUGCACUUACGUACAACAUUCAAGAGAAAUGAUAAAUCACGUGAGCUAACCUUUUCGUACUGUGCACAUCACAUUCGAAAGAGACAGUCGCAUUCAUCUCCAGCCAGUGGUCCCUGGAAUGUAUUGUUUUUCGGAACGAGUAAUUUUUCUCUGGAAAGUUUACGAAGCUUGUAUAAUGAAUACAGAGCCAAGAAACUCUGUCGAUUAGAAGUCGUAUCAGUGUGUAAAGAGAAAAAGAAUGUUAUUGUACAGUAUGCAGAGGAGAAGGGAAUCGUUGUUAAAGAAUGGCCUCUUGAAAACAAUCCACAGGAUUUUCAUAUCGGGAUAGUUGUCGCCUUUGGCCAUCUGAUACCAUUAAAUAUUAUAAAUUCUUUUCCACUUGGUAUGUUAAAUGUUCAUAAUAGUCUAUUGCCACGAUGGAGAGGAGCAGCUCCAGACAUUUAUACCUUAAUGAAAGGAGACACACAGACAGGAAUUACAAUCAUGAGGAUAGCAGAAAAGUUUGAUACUGGAGACAUAGUAACACAGGAAAAGAUAGAUAUUCAUGCAGAUGAAACUCGACCAGAAUUAAAUAUGAAGUUAGCAAAGCUGGGUGCGAAUGUUCUAAUUGAUGUGAUAGGAAAAUUGCCACAGGUAUUAUCUUCCUCGAGGCCUCAGGGAAAAUUAGGUGUGACGUAUGCACCUAAAGUUGCAUCAAAGACCUCUUUAGUGAAAUGGGACGAGAUGACGGCGAAGAACGUUUAUGAUCUGCAGCGUGCUCUUCUAGGAUUGUACCCAUUAAAAACCAAGUUUGAUGGUGUAACUAUAAAAUUGUUGGAUGUCCGGCAGACGUCGAAACCGGAAGAUGGAAGAAAUGUGGAUAUACCAGGUUUCGCAAGAUUUGAUCGGAAAAGUAAUGCGUUAGUUAUCACAUGUAAAGGAUCAAGUUGGAUCUCAACAAUGAAAGUAAUUGUGAAAGGUCAUUCAGUUAUGAGUGCAUUACAGUUUAGAAAUGGAUUUAUACGGGGCAGAAAGAAAGACUGGAUAUUAUUUCAGAGUAAUGUUACAUAAUCUAUAGCGCUGCUUCUGACAUCAAUGCUACUCUUUUGUAAAUAUAUGACAAUUUCAUUGAGAAACAGAUAGUGAAUAUUAAAUUUUUAUUUACUACAAUAAUAAAAUUUAAUUUAGAAUGUACAAAAUGUAAUAUUA